UAACCGAACACUUAAAAAAAAGGGGGAAGGAAGAAAACAAAUUAACAAGCACCACAAAGCCUGAGAGAGAGACCAAUCUCUCCUUCUUCUCUCUCUCUCUCGCUGUGUUCUUUACAGACACACCGAGGAUGUCGGAUCCUGAUUUGUCGUCCCCGUUGAUCCACCGUGAUCAACCAGAGGUCGUCAUCUCAAUCGACCACGACGAUGGAGGAGAAGAAGGCUACAUCCCCGCCGUCGCUGGUCAACAAAACCAAGAACCUCCACGUGUUCCACGUGGUUUUCAAUCCGACAAUCUCAACAACCCUUUCGGCUUCCUCAGCGAGGCCGAGCCUCCUCCGACGACGGUGGAUCCGUUCCGGAACGACACGCCGGGAGUCAGCGGACUGUACGAGGUGUUAAAGAUCGUGGUCUGCCUCCCGAUCGCGUUGCUUAGGCUCGUCAUAUUCGGUGCUAGCUUAGCUGUUGGUUACGUGGCGACGAAGCUGGCUCUUGCCGGGUGGAAAGAUAAACACAAUCCUAUGCCUCGGUGGAGGUGUAGGAUCAUGUGGGUUACUCGGAUCUGUACCAGAUGUAUCCUCUUCUCCUUUGGUUAUCACUGGAUACGAAGGAAAGGGAAACCUGCUCGGAGAGAUACUGCUCCCAUCGUUGUAUCAAACCAUGUUUCUUUUAUCGAACCAAUCUUCUUCUUCUAUGAGCUGUCACCCACCAUUGUUGCAUCCGAGUCGCAUGAUUCGCUUCCUUUUGUUGGUACUAUCAUCAGGGCAAUGCAGGUGAUAUAUGUUAAUAGAUUCUCACAAGAAUCAAGGAAGAACGCUGUGCAUGAAAUAAAGAGAAAAGCCUCCUCCGAUAGAUUUCCUCGCCUGCUGCUCUUCCCUGAAGGAACCACCACCAACGGGAAAGUUCUUAUCUCCUUCCAGCUCGGAGCUUUCAUCCCAGGCUACCCUAUUCAGCCUGUUGUAGUUCGGUAUCCCCAUGUACAUUUUGAUCAAUCCUGGGGGAAUAUUUCUUUGUUGCUGCUCAUGUUUAGAAUGUUCACUCAGUUCCACAAUUUCAUGGAGGUUGAGUACCUUCCAGUAAUAUAUCCAAGUGACACUCAAAAACAGAAUGCUGUGCGUCUCUCCCAGAAGACCAGUCAUGCAAUUGCAACCUCUUUGAAUGUCGUCCAAACAUCUCAUUCUUAUGGGGACCUGAUGCUAUUGAACAGAGCAUCUGAAUUAAAGCUGGAAAACCCCUCAAAUUACAUGGUUGAAAUGGCCAAGGUUGCAUCGCUAUUCAAUAUAAGUAGUUUAGAGGCAGUUCGGUAUUUGGAUACAUUUUCUUCCAUGAAUCCAGACUCAAGUGGACGUGUUACGCUACAUGACUUUCUUCGGGUUCUUAAACUGAAGCCUUGCACUCUCUCUAAAGGGAUAUUUGGGUUCAUCGAUGUGGAGAAAGCCGGAUCAAUCACUUUCAGACAGUUCUUGUUUGCCUCGGCUCAUGUGUCGGCACAGCCACUUUUUCAGCAAACAUGCGAGCUAGCCUUUUCCCACUGUGACGCAGAUGGAGACGGCUUCAUCUCAGUUCAAGAACUUGGAGACGUGCUGAAACACACAAUGCCAAACUCGAACAAGGACGAGGUUCAAGGGAUGUACAUUCUGCUAGACGACGACAAAGACCAAAGAAUCAGCAAGGAUGACUUCUUGUCCUGCUUAAGAAGAAACCCUCUGCUCAUAGCUGUCUUCUCCCCUAUCUUGGCUCCAGCAUAACACAGACAGACAAAAAUUGAUGGCCAAGAUCGUGUGAUGAUACAACCAUGUCUUUGUGGUAUAUCAUUAUAUACCUUUUUGUUUUCUUUUUCAGAUUGUAAAAAAAAAAAUGAAUGUCAAAAGAUAGGGGCUGCUAUGUUUUUGGCCUAUCCCCCCCAUCCAGUGAGUUUUGGACUAUAACUGCGUGCCGUUUUGUACCAAAGAAAACGCUAUGGUGUUUGCUCCUCUAGUUCUGAGUAAACUCUCAUCUGUAUUUGUUACCUUUUGUAUCAUCCAAAUUUCUAUUGUAUCAGUGGUUAUUAUUUAUUUUUUGACGUA